UUCUUUGUAUACGGUAGCCGGACUGGGACAUGCAUGAACGUUUUCUCUGAGGUUUGCUGUGAGUCGCAUCUGUUACGGCUAUUUCAAAAAGGCAUAAUGUCACAUUUCCAUGGCUCAGCACAGUAUGUGCUUGGCAUUGAUCUCGGAACAACAUCUGUAAAAGCUGUAUUAUUAGAAUCCAUGUCCAAAAAGAUUGCCAGCAGUGAAACCAGACCAACUAAGGCAGAAGUCUUAAGUGAUUUAGGACCUCAGGCCAAGGAACAAGAUGUGGGGAGAAUUGUAAAUGCCCUAAAUGAAUGCAUGGCUGUACUACCCAAGGACCAACUGCAAAAGGUGGUCAGGAUAGGCGUCUCUGGACAAAUGCAUGGAGUCGUCUUCUGGAACGCGGAAGCCAUCUGUGACUGGCAAAGCUCUGGCACAAGUCAGAUUUUCAAGGAAAAGACUACCAGUAAUCUGAUCACUUGGCAGGAUGGGCGUUGCAGUGCAGAGUUUCUUGCUUCACUUCCACAGCCAGACUCCCAUCUGAGCCUUGCUUCUGGAUUUGGCUGUGCCUCCAUAUUUUGGAUUCUUAAAAACAGGCCUGAUGUCCUUAAGAUGUUUACUUCAGCUGGGACAAUUCAAGACUAUUUGGUUGCUAUGCUAUGUAACCAGGAAAGACCACUGAUGUCUGUACAAAAUGCAGCCAGCUGGGGGUACUUUAAUACUCAGAAAAGGAAAUGGAAUCUGGAAAUUUUGAGGAAUUCUGACUUUCCAGUAUAUCUGCUCCCUGAAGUGGUGGAAUCUGGUAGCAUUGCGGGAAAGACCACCAGAGAAUGGCAUUUAGUACCUGUCGAAGUUGAAGUUGGUGUGGCACUUGGGGAUUUUCAGUGUUCUGUCUAUUCAUGCAUGAGAGACAAGACAGAUGCAGUUCUUAAUAUUGGCACAUCAGCCCAGCUAACCUUUGCUCUUCCAUCAACAUUCCAACCUCCAAAGACUCCUGAUUGUUCUUCGCCUCUAUCCUACUUCCCAUAUUUUGAUGGCAGUUAUUUAGCUGUGGCAGCAUCUCUCAAUGGCGGCAAUGUCCUUGCAGUGUUUGUUGAGAUGCUUAAAAACUGGAUUAAUGAACUGGGUUUGGAAGUUAAUGAAUCUUCAAUCUAUUCCUUGUUGAGUGAAGCUGCUUUAAAUCAAAGCAGGUCAGAUCUUACAAUUUGGCCAACAAUAUUUGGUGAGAGGCAUGACACAAAACGUCUUGGCUCAGUGUGUAACAUAUCCACUGGAAACAUAUCACUGGGUCACGUGGGCCGAGCACUUUGCCAUGGAGUGGUUCAAAAUUUGGUGGCAAUGUUGCCACCUACACUGCUUCUGCAAUCAGGGGUGCAGAGGAUCUUGGGAACAGGAAAUGCCUUAUCCAGAAAUGAAGUUCUGAAGCAGGAAAUCGAAAAGACAUUCCCUCUACCUGUGCAAUAUUGUAAUUCGGUGGAUUCAGCUGUAGGGGUAGCUAUGAUAUUUGAUGAUGGAGUGGUUGCAACCCACCUUGACCAAACUGUUCAAUAAGUGAGUUAACUUUUGCUUUCGAUUAUAUUAAAGAAGAUAUAAAAAUAUCUAAAUUGUCAUUAAUAAAAUUAUAUAGAUAAAAAUCUAUAUGGUUAAUUAUGAUUACCUGGUUUAUACAAAACUUUUUGUACACAUCUUAUUGUGCUUGUUACGUCAAUGGUUUGUCCUUUCUUGUGAAUUGACUGAUUACAGUUCUUAUAUAGGCCUUAAAGGAAAAUUGUCAUGCUGAAGAUGGAAGUCAUUUGUAGCAACCAAGCUCUGCUGCAAAGACUGAGAGGCGUCAGUUGGAAUACUGCUGUCAGGAAGGUACAUUUUUCAUUUAGAUUUUUAUAUUGCUUAUUUCUGUCUUCUUGCUGGGCAAGUACAUCAAGAUUAGUUAUUAAAGCACUAGCAUUAGUUUUACCCCAUGUCUUCCCAAAAUAUUUGCUUUCAGCUUUAUAUAUAGAAAUACACUUUGUAUGGAUUCAUUUGCCAGUAAUUUGCUUAACCUAAACCUAGACACAGAGAUAAUGUAUAAAAAACAUUUUAUUACAUAUCCCAAAUUUGAAAAGUGCCAGUUUACUUUGUUGUUCGGUCAAGCUUUUUUAUUUCACAAAUCCAGAAAGGCAGUACAGGGCACUUUAUUAAUCACAUAUAAGGGGUGAUGCAAAAUAUCAACUUAUAAAUUGGAACAAGCAGAAAACAAAGCCUAGCUGCCCAAACAAGUCUAGCCAUUCACCAAUUUUCCACAAUCUGAAUACCUCAUUGCCUUAAGUGCCAAAACACUCUCUUUAACUAAAAAUUCAAAAACCAUCUAGAUCACUCCCUACUUCUGAUUUACUGGGUGACUCCGAACUAGCAAAUGAACCUGCCUGAGUCUCAACAGAAAAAAUAACAUAUGUGACCAGAGGAGAGCUAUUCAAUCAACCAAGAGAACCACUCUUUUAUUUUACUCUCCAUCCCUGAGUCUUGAAAUGUGUUUACAAUUUAUAAUUUCAAAAGAUUCAAUAAAAAUAACCUUAGCCAGGCAUACCGACAGCCAGUUAAUGAACGUGACUUCAAAAAACAAGUCCAGUAGUUCUUUUUUAAAUUAUCAAGUUAUUCAGUUCAUUAUGUUUAAGGACCCAUAGAAGUGUUUCCUUUGACCCCACAGUUUAGUUUCUGGCCACAUUAACUCCCUGUCAGUUGAGCCCCUAACCUAACUCACAUUCCACUAAUGGGAAGCAUCCUUUAAACAUGUGUUUUCUUUCUGCAAAAAAUACUAAGGGGACAUAGAGACAAUUGAAAUCCCAAAGAGAAAAUAAAAUUGUAUGGCAUCAAUGGGAGUAGGCAAAGCCUAAGUUAAGUUUUAGAGGUUUAUUAUUUUCUUCCACUGUUCAACUUUAUUUAUUUGCCACUGCUGUUCAUUACUAUUUCUCGUGGAACCCCAGUUAAGAAAAACUGCUCUAGACUGUCUGACAUCCAUAAUAUGGCACAGGGUCGUAUCUGUUCUGUGUGAGAAACCUCUGCUCCUACCCAGCAGUUUUCAUGUGUUUUCCUGACAUUUAUGUUUUCCUUAACCUGUUCCAUACUUCAGUUUUCAAUGACUAGUUACUUUUGGUGAAUCUUUCAAAUAUUAGAUUGGAUUGGAUUCGAUUAGAUAGAUUUUAUUAUUGCCAAGGUCAAAUGUGUUAUACAAACCAACCUCCUUUUAUUUAUGCACUCUGCCACUAAGUACAGCUUUCCAGCUACUAUUGUAAAUUUCCUGUUCUGAAGUAAGGAUGGCAAAUUUGGGCAAAUGUACAUGUGAGGCAAGUUGCAGGCUUUUGAAAUAAUAUUAAAGCUUGGCUUUUUUAUAAUGUUCUCUGACCCUCUGUGAGCCCUCCCAGUCCGGGAUGAUAUAAAUAUACCAUAGAACAUAAUCUGCAGUUUACUGACAAUCAUUUAUUCAUUGUGCCAAGUCUCUCAAUUUCUGGAAGCUUUGUCCAGACUUGGUCAGUUGGCCACUUUGUCUGUUGAUGAUUUUAGUGUUGUUUGUAUUCAUGUCUGACAGACUAAUUUCAGUUUACUUGUUCAUUCACGCGGUUCGAUUUUCUGUUGUGCUGUGUCAGAUCAGCCUCAUCUGACCUUCUGAACAAGCUGUCAUAAAAUAGUGAACUUCAACCUCUUGCAUCUUGCAGAAACUCUGAAAGAUAUUAAGAAAUUCAGCUUU